AACCACAAGGUCUCCAGCAAGACAUCAUCAGCGAUGAUGACAUACCCUGCAAGGUGGCCAUUCUAAGUCCUGGGAACCUCGCAAUGGUAGAAGAGAAUUUCUCGGUGAAAUUUCUAAUUAUACCAUCUGACUAGUGCGAGUUUGCCCUGACAGGAACAAUGGCUGCGAACGCGGCUCACCUGGCGCGAGUGAAUGUCUCAUCCGGGGUGCACGUUAGCAGCAGCUUUACUGUCAGUAGCUGCAGCAAAGGUCAAGCCUGGCCAUCAGGAGUAACGGCGGUGCCGAAGCCGACGGUUCAUCGGAGUCAGCUGGCCGUCAGAGUCCGAACGGGAAGCCGAGGACUCAGUUUUCACUCGCAAUUGCGAACAUCGCGAUGUGUUAUAGCGAGAGCGAGCAGGCAGGAUGGCAUGGACGGUUCAGGAGACGUCAGCAUGGCGAACAUGGAAGCUGACGGUCAUGGUCGACUAAGAAUUACCAAUCCUACGGCUCGCUGUUCGGCGUCAGAGGAAAAUCUAGAGUCUGAAUGUGAUGUGUCUGUAACGGAAUUCAGCUCAGACACACUCGCGAAUCCGAGUGACUUUAACGGGGGACGGAGAAGGCUGUUCCUACUCGGAGCUGCCGCUGGCUUGUGGGGUCUAAUCCCGUUACUGCUGCCGGACACAGCCUCUCGUUACAGUCACGCCCGGGCGUUCAGCCUUCCUGGAUUUGGAGCAGAAGCGUCUAGCUCUGCCUCGGCUUCGGCCUCAGGAUCCGUGGCGCUGUCCAUGUCAUUUUCCACCUCAGCAUCCGCGUCGGUGUCCACGUCAGCAGCCACGUCAGCAUCAUCAUCAGCCGCUGCUGCAGCGGGGAGCACAGGAGGGUUUGUUCCUGUUCCUCCUGCGCGGAUCGACCUAGCUGCUGCGCCCAGAGGCACGUUUGACCCCACGGAUGAGCGCCUCAGGGCGGCUGCCACCACCUUUGAACGAGCCCUCACCGCUUCCACUGUGGAGGAGGAGGAGGCGCUAUGGACGGUGGUGAUUCAAUCGUGCGAGAGAGCGGGGAGCGCAGAGUGGGUGCCGGACAUAGCGUCGAGAGCGCUGGGCAACCGGGGCAAUGCGCGUUCCCGGCAGGGCCGACUGGCGGAGGCUCUAGAUGACUACAACAAGGCCAUCCAGUUCGCCCCCUAUGCCGUCGAUCCAGUCCUCAACCGAGGCGUGGCGUUGGAAUCACUCGGACGGUUCCAGGAAGCGGCGGCGGACUACUCUGCGGUGCUGGCAGUGGCGCCCAACGACCCGGCAGCCUGGAACAACCUGGGGAACACGCAGGCGGGCAUGGGGGCGUGGUCAGAUGCAGUGGAGAGCUACAGGCGGGCCAGUAUGCUUGCUCCGGCUUUCUCCUUUGCUGCUGCUAACUAUGCCCUCGCGCUGUACGAGGUCGGAAACGACAAUGCUGCCAUCAAACAGAUGAGGAACCUUCUCCGAAAGUACCCUGAGUUUCCGGACAUGCGAGCAGCGCUGGCAGUGGCACUCUAUGCAGCAGGGCUCAGAGCCGAGUCUGAAAACGCCUGGAGCAGAGUGGAUGAUGGUCGGUAUCGAGAUCGUGAGUGGGUGAGCGAGUAUCGGCGCUGGCCGCCCCGUCUUGUUGCAGAACUAGCAGCCUUUCUAGACCUAAAGCCCGUAUAGUACCUCUUUCUGGCAGUGCAGGGUGGUGUUUGAGCCAACUAAAAAAAUGACCUCAAGCCCGUAUAGUACCUCUUUCCGGCACAGCAGGAGUGGUUUUUUAGUCGACUCAGGAAUCGACCUGACGACUGUAUAGCACCCUUUCUCAGGCAGCCCAAAAGUCGUUGCGGAGCUAGCAGCCUUGCUCGCCCUGUAGCUUGCAGAAUCAUCCCUCCUAUAUAGAUAGAUACCGUACUGUGGUAUCUUGGAGACGGCCUAUGUAACUAUGUAAUGCACACGACCUUCUGGCCAUUUCUAGUGUUGGGCUGAGAUGGUUACUGUUGGGCUGAGAAAAAGCCCUUAGGAUCUUUUGCAGAGACUAAGUCCCAGCUUGUAGAGACUUGAGACUUGGAGUAGUGCAGCGGAAGUUGAGGCAGUUGAACCCUUGUACUAGUAUGUGAGAACAAGUGAUUGAUUAAAGAAACAAGCAUACA